CUCUUUAUCGUCUUGAUGAUAAAAAAUUAAGUCAUGUACAAUAUCGACGUUAUUUAAAUCGUUGAUAAUUAAUUCAAAAGUUGAAUGUAAUAAGUCAAAGUUGGAUUAAACAAUAUAGGCUAUCCUAAUAUUUUAGGUUCUUAUGCGAGACACCCUGGUGGAUUGGUUUAGUUCCUAAUACCUAUGCUACACCUACAAAAUAGUUUAUGCACCAUAAAAAUUGGAAGUAAAUGAGGAAAUUAGAACCUAUUUUACUCAAUAAGUAAAACCCAGCUAAAAUGUAUAUGAAACGUAAGAUUGCGGAAUUAUUACAUCAACUCGAGCAAGGUGAUCGGUUUUUUUCGAAUAAGUACUACCAAUAAAUCUCUAAUUAAUAUUCAAUGCAGGUCAAAUUCUUUAAAUCAUUCCUUAUUUUGGAGAAGGAACCUUUAUUAAUCCGAUUAAUACGCAUCGGGGAUUUCGCUUCAUUGUCAGACCUUUCAUCUGCUGAAGAAUGGAUAAAAAACGGGAUUACGAGGACGAUAUUGUUUUGAAGCAAACAAAGAAGUUGCAUUUUAUACAUAAAAUAUUCAAAGGCGUAUUAGGUUCGAUGGGUGUAUAAAUACAGAUCGCGCGGUCAUUUCGUUUUGUAAUCUAAGUAUACUUGCGUUUUGAUAGUAACGUGUUUUGAGCGCAUUCUCACAUAUCAUCAAUAUGAAAUUAUUGGUAUUUGUCGCCCUUUGCGUCCUAUCGUCCUGCCGAGCUUCCUUGGUGCACAUUGUACCAGGGGCCAUAGUGGGACCAAGCGAGGGAGGUACUCUGGUGAAAGGGCCGUCGGUGAAGGCGACAGUCGCUGGUCCCGAUGGUGCCAUCAUCACCGGAUCGGCCAUCGGAGGAGAGAUCAUCGCCCCGCCGAAGAGCGGCGGAGUGAUUACGUCUGCAGUUAGCCCGGGCAUUGUCGCGCCCAUCCUACCAAUCGUACCUGUACCGAGAAUAGUGGUCCCUGCUCCUCCUCUAAUUCACCAACCCUUGAUUGUGGCUGCGCCUCCUGCUGUAGUUGCCGCUCAUCCGCAGGUUCUCAUAGAAGGACCUUCAGGAAUUAUUGCUACUGGAGGCCCAGUUCUAAAAAAAAUUAUUUUAUAAAUUGAACCGAAUUCCACGGUUUUUCCACAACACGAGCGCUCAACACGGAUGAUCUUCGAAUAAAUAUAGAAGUUAAUAAUUUAAUACAUUUUUUAUGUACG